AACAAAAAUAAUAACUCGAGUUGCAUAAGAAGAAGGGAGAGAGGAAGGCAUGGCAAUGCCCUCCCAAUUAACUGUAAAAACAACUAUUACAAUAAAAUUAGAUAUUAAAAUAAUAUUAUAGCCUAAACACAUCGCAACCCAUUCAAAGUGUCGUUAGACCGGAACUCAAACUUGCUCUAUAUCUAAAAGUAAAAUCCUAAGCUUUAGCUUUACUGUCCUCCACAGCUAUAAAUACCACCAACCUCACCCUAGGGUCUCACCAUAUAAUAUCUGGGUUUCUUCUUCCUCCCCACCAAAAUUCUUGUUCAACCCAAGAUUUCUUCAUUUCCUUAACCAAAUAACCCUACUUUAUUUUUCUUUUGUUAUCUACUAUUUCACUUUCUUUUCUUUUGUUUAUACAAGGAAAAAGGGUCAGUUUUUUUAGCGCCCCUGUUUUUCUUCAAUUUUACUCUUAUACUCUUUGUUUCCUCUGUUUUGAUUCAAAUCAAGAAUUAAAAAAAUGCAAGAAAUCAAUCAUCCUCUUGGAUUCAAUGAUAUUGUUAAUAUUGGAUCUUCACUGUCACAGUUGAUAUUGUCAGGAGGCUCAAAUACCUUAGAUUCAAUCUUCUCUCAUUGCGCACCGUCAACGACGACAACUUCAACCGCCAUCACCACCAACUGUAUUUACGAGCCAAUAGGCUCUUCAGUCUAUCUCCGCCAGAGAGAGCUCCUUCAAAAGUUCAGCCAAGAGAACAACGGAAACGCUUCGUUUUCGUGCAACUCGCUAAUGAACCGGAUUCCGAGCUAUCCAAACCCCGCAUCGACGAGCAACUUCUAUUUAAGUCCUGAAAAGAAGAAGCAAUACAGGGGGGUGAGGCAGAGACACUGGGGUAAAUGGGUGGCCGAAAUCAGGCUCCCACAGAACAGAAUGCGAAUCUGGUUAGGCACAUACGAAACAGCCGAAGCCGCCGCUUAUGCGUAUGAUCGUGCGGCGUAUAAGCUUAGAGGGGAAUAUGCAAGGUUGAAUUUCGAAAACAUCAAGGAUCCGAGCAAGUUGGGUUUUGGAGAUGGUGCUCGUUUGAGUGCUCUGAAGAACUCGGUGGAUGCUAAGAUUCAAGCCAUUUGUCAAAAGGUGAAAAGAGAGAGGGCUAAAAAGAAAGCCAAGAAGGAUCGUCCCGCAGAAGCUGAGAAAACAGUUAAGGUGACGGAAUCCUGUUCAUCGUCAUCAUCGUUAUCGCCUGUGGUUUUCAGUGACAGUGUGUCUGAUGGCGGAUUUUGGAGAUGUGAGAACUCGCCCUCCUCUGUUUCUAACGAUUAUCCAAUGAUGAUGGCAGAGGAACCCCAAUUCGAGGACUGUUUGCUUGCUAGAAUGCCAUCUUUUGAUGCUGAAUUGAUAUGGGAUAUUCUUGCCAAUUAGGAUUUCCACUUUCUCCAGUUAUUUUUUCACCAAAAAAGCGAGAAUUUUCAGCACGUAGCUGUUAAAAACGGAGAGACUUUUAAAUAGUGUAAAUGGUAUUUUGUUGGGAUUCUUACUUCCUUGUAAUGAUGUCCUGUUGUUCAUUGUUUUCGAUUUUAGGAACAAGAAUGUUUUCUUUCUUGAAUGGGAGUUGAAACGCUUACAAAUAAAUAGAAAUUCCGGAGUAAUAUAUUUUCAA